AUGUUGAGUUUGUGGUUCUGCCUUAGGGUUUAGUUAGUGUUUCUGACUCUGGCCUCUCUCCUCUGUUCAAGGAGUAUGAGUUUGUGGUGCUGCCUUAGUGUUUAGUUAGUGUUUCUGACUCUGGCCUCUCUCCUCUGUUCCAGGAGUAUGAGUUUGUGGUUCUGCCCAACGCCUUCAUGAUCCACAUGCCUCACGCUCCCAGCUUCGACAUCACCAAGUUCCGCUCCAACAAGCAGUACCGGGUCUGCUUGAAGACCCUGAAGGAGGAGUUCCAGCAGAACAUGUCUCGACGAUAUGGCUUCGCUGCCCUCAAAUACAUGACUGCAGAGAACAACAGCUAGCCAACACUGAUGAACCAGACACUCUGACCCGUUAUUGACUACACUACCCAUAACCCCCCCCUCCUCUAAGGCUGUCUAGGACUACACUACUACCCAGGACCCCUCUGGGCUGGGCAGAGGAGGGGGGAAAGGGCGAUGGAUUCUAAAGGACAGUCGAUAUAGGGAGUCAGGAGUGGACAGAUACUGUCAGUUCAGAAACAGAAUGGAGUUACUAAAGACUCUACCACGAACUCUGACCUUUGUGCCAACCAAUCAUAGGGUUUAAAUGUGUGGUCUGAUUCUUGUGAACUCUCACCUUUAGUUUGGGCUUAUGACCUUUGACCAAACCAGUGUUAACCAACUGAAGGGUAACCAGGGGGUAACCGUAAGGUCGUUGUGUCCCAAACAUUGUUUAACCCUCUGAGGAUGGAUGGAGCAGCCUGUCCAGGAGUCGCUGCCUGGUUUCCGGCUGGGUGAGGAAGCUGUUUCUGUGAAGGCUGCGUCAGUACAGGCUGGUUUGGCCUUCUACAGCUCCCUGCUCUUCUCGAACAACAGAACUGGACAUCACUGUGGGUGGG